AUGUUCAGGCCUUGAAGAGUGCUUAUGAGUUGAUCAAAUCAUCCAGUCAAGGAAAGUCUGCACUUGACUCAUCAGAUAACUUCAGCACUGACUUAUAUGUUUUGUGCGCUGAACAAGCAUUUCAGCUGGGAUAUCUGGAAAUGAGCAGUGACUGUCUACAGAUGUAUUUUAAAGGAAGAUACCCUGUGAACCAGUUUCUUGGCAGAGCAUAUCUGUGCCAAGGCCAGUUGCACACUCCACUCUCUACAGAUAAUUUGGAAGAGUUUGAGAAGUUUGUGCUGUUUUUUAUGAAGGCAGUAGAUUUUGCCACCCAUGAUCGAAGAUACUAUUUUUUGAUAUAUAAUGCCUCAGUUCUUUAUUGGCAACUUGUGAGGCCAUAUCUUAAGCCUGGGUUCCGCUACUGUCUUAUUCCCAGCCUUUCUCAGAUUGUUAAAGCGUUAAACCAAACUGAAGAGCGAGACAAUGAAUGGAGAGCAGAACUCAUGAUAAAUUUACUUGAGUGCUUCCUCGAUGCUUCAAAACUGAAAGAAGCAAAAGAAUUUUCAUCUACUGCAGCAGUCUUUAUUAAGGAACGUGUUCCAGAUAAAUACUCUCAAAUAUUUUCUCUGAUGGUGUAUCACAAACUAAUGGAUAUUUCCCAGGUGGAGAAGGAAAUAGAGAAUUCCAUCCAUUUUUCAAUUAUUUAUAAAAUGCAGAUGUUAAAAUUGCAGUGGGACACAAAUGAAUUUCCCAGUGAUGCCACCGCAAAUCUGAAUUCUUUAUAUGAACUUCUGAAACAAUACGAUGUACCUCCAGCAUCUGUUCUCAGUGUGAAGAUUCCUUUGAUUCUGGAAUUAGCUCGCUUUUCUAUGAAAGUAAACUGCAUUAAGCUUGCCUGUGAUUGUAUUCUUGAUUUGAAGACAGCUGGGAUUACUGAGCAAGGGAAACUUAUUGAAAUAGAAUGCCUGGAAUGUGAAUAUGAAAUUAAAAAAAAUGGCACUAAAAUUGUGACUUAUACCAAAGGAGUUGUUGAGGCUCAGCUGGAAUUGAUAAAAAACCUUGAUUUAACCUUAAAACAUGCAGUUCAGUUGGGAGAUCCGGAUGUGAUUCAGGUUGUUUGUACAACCCAGUGGAAUCUGUGCUUACCGCUACUACAACACAAUUUGCAUCAACAUGUGCAAAAGCCGUUGAUAGCAGUUGCUGAUGUCCUUGAAGAGAUUGACAGCAUGUUGGUUUUGUUGCGUUGCCAAGUUCAUAUGGAAAUAGCUCGUAUUGAAGAAGAUGGAGAUAGAAUAGAGGCUGCUGUGGAACAUUUGCAAAAAGCUAUACGUCUAAACAACAGUGGGCAGUAUCAAGAACAUCUAAGACUGACUUUUAACCGUCUUCGUUUGUGCACUACGCUGUAUAAGUCACCUAAGCGUCUAGAGGAUCAGGCAGUAAUGAUGAUUGAACAGGCUAAAAGGGGAAAGCAGAAGGAUAAUGUGAGGAAAAUGAGGUCCUUUCUGGUAAAUGCAGGUCUUGCACUAGCUCCUGGUUCAUUUCAAGUGGUCCUUGACAGUGAAAAUGACGCUAAAGUUGCCUCAGGUAAAGGUAGGAGUCAAAUAAGCUACCUCUGUGCAAAAGCACAACAUCAUAUUAAAAGCAUGGAGAAAGCUGAUGAACAUUUGAAACACUUAAGAAAUGAAGAUGACAGAGAGAGGAUUAUACUUUGGGCAGAUUUGGCAAAAGUUGCACGUAAACGAGAAGUAUGGGAUGUCUGCCGUGCAGCAUGCAGAUUUUGUCUCUUGUAUGAUGAUACUUUGUUUAGGAAGGUAAAAAAACCUAACAAAACACAGAAGAACAAAGAUAGUACAACUACAGUGGAUGAUGAUCAAGGUGACAGCGUAUCAGGAGAAUCAUUACUGCCUGCUAAGUCCUCUUUUGAAAGGGAUUUACUCAGAAUAUUAGCAGAAAUAAGGUUCAUUAAUGCAGAGGCAACUGUUCAUUUAUUAAGAUUGCAGGGAAUUGAACUGAAUGAUCAUGCUGUACCUCCAGAAGAUAGAAGCCAGUAUUGUCCAGGAUAUGCUUCAUGUCUUCCUGAAAGUGAUCCAGAAUGGAAAACAUACAGUUUGUGGAUAGACUACUUAUCUCAGUAUGCUAUGGAAAACUUUCAACGUGCAGCCGAAAUAGGAGAAGAAUUGAAUGAAGCCUGGAUUGUUCACAAUGCCGUGGUGUAUGUCUUAAACUACAGUAGACAUCUUAUCUCUUCAGGAAGACAGAGGAAAAUUAUUAAGUAUCUGCAGACUCUUCUUGGAGCCAUCAAGACUGUUGGGCACAAUGGAAGUACUGUGAUUUUAUUGAUGUUAUGUAAUGCUUUGGCUCGGGGCUUAAUUCUUUGUUGGAUUCCAAAGCCAAAACUGGCUGAGAAGAAAAAAAAAGAUUCUCUUUCAGUAGAUCCCAGUGGACUUCCUGAUAUUAAAGCUGCCUUAGAGAUUUGUGAAUUUGCCUUCCGUGCAACAGCUGGAACCAUCCCUAGUGAAACAGUACCUAUUGCUGCACUGCAACAGAUCAUUGCUACGUGGGUGAAGGCAAAACAGUUAAAUCAGCAGCAGAUCAGACAUAAAGUUGGGACUGAGGAGGAGAAUAACGAUGAAGCACAAAAUCCUAUGACAAGAAUUCUCGUUGGUCUGGAGAUGUAUUCAUGUAAUGGCUUGGGUCUCGUGGAUUUCACUCUUCCUAGCUUAUCUCAGUUAGUGAAAUUGGCUUUAGAAUGCAGUUGGUCAGAUUCCUUAGUGGAAUUGCAGACACUGACACGACUUACAUAUUUUGCAUAUGUAUCAAAUGACUAUGAAACAGUGAUGACUUGCUCCAAAAGGAUCUUGCAAUCAGCUGAGAAUUUUUUCCACAAUAGAGAUACUAAGAAAUAUGAAAUGCCUGGUAACGGAGUGAGACAAGAAAUGUUAAGUGUUACUGCCUGUAUACAAGGAAAGAGUAUAAUGGAAAAUUUGUCUGGAAGAAAACAUUUGCGUGUAGCAGCAUCAAAAGCCUUUGUUCAGGGUGCCAGGUAUGCAGGUGAAGCCGGAAAUUACUCCCUUGUAAUGCUUGCAGCUAGACACUUUUGGAAUACAUGUUUACCUUUGCUAGGUUCGCCACAAGACAGAGAAGAGUUUAAAGAACCUACUGAAAUAAUUCUUAAGAACAUAAUUAAAGCAGAAUCUAAAAGUAAACAGGAGAAGAAAGAUACGUUGCCUUUGCAUCAGUGGGUUACAAAGGAUUUUCAAAAUAUCGGGGUAUCAGCUGGAUGCUUCCUUCCAGGUGCUGAGGAAGAUCUGACUUUAAGAACCUCCUUAUGUGGGUUAUUAUUCCACAUAUAUGCUGAUAAAGCCGAUUGGGAGACAGCACUGAAAGUCCUGGAUGAAGCUAUUCAAGUGUUGCCUCAGACAAGACACAGGCUCCUGAUUUUUAAACAUAUGGCUACAGUGAAGGCAGGAUUGGGGUGCAAUUUUAUGAUGGACAUUCAGAAAUUCAGAGAUGAAAGUGAAGAUUAUUUGUCACAUAUGUGGCAUCAUUUGGUAACAGUCUCCAGAAGUAUUGUUGGACAGUUAAGCUGUUUUCAAAAUGCAAUCGUUGCUUUACAGAAAAAAGAAAAUGAAUGGCAGAAAGCUGAUUAUCUGAUGGAAUUUGCUGUAUGGUUAUAUUGUAACCAGUUCCCCCUCAAUGAUGUUACUAAACCUCUGGACUGGGUGGUAGAUAUCUUGCUACGUAUGAAAUUUUCUAUGCAAUCCUCACAAGAAGAAGAAAAAAGUACUCUACCAAAAUUUUCGCCUACAGAAAAUUUGAAGAUAGACAUUGGAGCAAAUGAUACUAUGCCCCAAAUUAAUUUGGAAGAUUUGAGUAAUAUUAAACAAUUGGAAGCUUUGUUUAGAGCACAGACAUUAAUGGCUUUAACUUCUGGUCAUAGUUCUCCUUUUCAUCAGCAGCAUUGUUUGAUGGCGUAUGGUUGUAUCAUCCGUAUCUGGCAGGACUCCAUAAAUAACUCAGUAGAAGAUGUUAAAAUGGUCUCUGAAAACCAAGAUAGCUGGCCAAUAUUCAAGGAUGAACCUUCUCCAAGCUCAGGAAUGUUGCAUCCCAAUGAAGAGGAAGUCGGUCAAAAAUGCCAGAGGGCCUGCAUGGAUGAAUAA